AUACGGUACAGGGAUACAAAGGCGCGCGUAAGCGAAAGAACGGAUAGAAAACAAAAAGAGCACAAGAACUCUCUCUUCCUCUCUCUGAAGCGAACAAUGCCGGCAAUGGUAGAACCACCGUUUUCAAACCCACUCUUCUCUUCCAAAAUCACUCACAAUCUCAAAUCAGUACACUGUUCAUCCCAAGCUCCCAAUUUCCUCCCCAUCCGCUACAAUAGCCGCACCACCACUGCCUGUUCCUGUUCUGCUGAAAAUGUUGACCCCGCCCCAGUUCUUCUCCCUCACUCGAUAGUUUUCUCGCGGAACCCUAACCUCAGCUCAGAUAUUUCCAACCGGACCACCAAAGACCGCCGCGAAGUGGUCCGGCUCGCCUGGGAGAAGCUGGUCCGGUGGUCCCGCUCGUGGCGCUCCAAGGCCAAGACCGACGACGUUCUUGAGCGCACUAACAAGGUGGUGGUACUUGGCGGUGGAUCUUUUGGAACAGCAAUGGCUGCACAUAUUGGAAAUAGAAAGUCUCAUUUAGAAGUUAACAUGCUUGUUCGUGAUCCUCAAAUUUGUCGAUCAAUUAAUGAGAAGCACUGCAAUAUUAAGUACUUCCCAGAACACAAGCUACCAGAAAAUGUUGUGGCAACAACCGACGCCAAAGCAGCCUUGCUCAAUGCGGAUUUUUGCCUCCAUGCCAUACCAGUGCAGUUCAGUUCAUCUUUUCUAGAAGGAAUCGCGGAUUGUGUUGAUCCAGGCUUGCCAUUCAUAUCCCUCAGUAAAGGGCUAGAGCUCAAUACAUUAAGGAUGAUGUCUCAAAUAAUCCCACGAGCACUGAGGAAUCCUCGCCAGCCUUAUAUUGUAUUGUCAGGACCUUCAUUUGCACUGGAAUUGAUGAACAAUUUGCCAACAGCAAUGGUGGUGGCAUCAAAAGACAAAAAACUGGCAAAAGCAGCCCAACAGCUUCUAGCUUCUACAAAUCUGAGAAUCAGCACAUCAAGGGAUGUUACAGGGGUUGAAAUUGCAGGUGCGCUAAAGAAUGUACUUGCAAUAGCGGCAGGGAUUGUGGAAGGGAUGAAUCUUGGCAAUAAUUCUAUGGCAGCUCUUGUUGCGCAAGGUUGUUCUGAGAUACGGUGGUUAGCAACAAAGAUGGGUGCGAAGUCAACGACAAUAACUGGUCUAUCAGGAACUGGGGACAUCAUGCUUACAUGUUUCGUCAACCUUUCAAGAAACCGAACGGUUGGAGUUCGUCUUGGAUCAGGGGAAAAUCUCGAUGAUAUACUAAGAUCCAUGAAUCAGGUGGCAGAAGGUGUAUCGACUGCAGGAGCUGUGAUUGCUUUGGCACAAAAAUACAACGUAAAAAUGCCAGUUUUGACAGCAGUUGCACGGAUCAUAGACAAUGAACUGACGCCCCAAAAAGCUGUUCGUGAACUGAUGAGCCUGCCUCAGUCUCUGGAUUGUAGGUUGAAGAAGUAUGAAUAUGCUGGGUUCGAUCUAGAAUACGAAAUUAUUCAUCAGAGGAUAGAUGAACAGAUACAGAGGCGCACGCCACAAUCAACUAAUAUACAUUACGACGUUUUGUGUAAAUCAUUCUUUUCUGGUUGAUUCAUAAUUGUAAUAGAUGCUAUCCUAAAUUUUGUAAGGAGAUAACUGUAAAUCUAAUUUUGUAAUGUGAUCAAUACAGGGGAACCCGAUGAAUGAUUGUGGAUACCCUAUACAAGGGGAAUCCUGAUAACUUGUAAGAGCUGGUGUUGCCUUUGAUCAGUUUUCUAACACAA